AUGGCUCACCAGAGAACUCAUCUAAAGAUUGCAGCUGAGGAGUGGGUUCCAUACACCAACCUCAUUUUCAAGGACAACACCAGCCUGAGCAUCGGGGGUCCUAUGGGACAUUUCCUGGAACUUUUUUCGGCUAUGAUGGGCUUCAGCUACGAGAUCCUGAGGCCGGAAGAUGCUUUGUGGAGCGCCCGCCUUCCGAACGGCUCGUUCAUUGGCAUGGUUGGGAUGUUGGAGAGAGCAGAGGUGGAGUUCGCCCUGGGUCCGUUCUUCGCAACAGACGAGAGGGAGGUCGUCUGCGACUUCACAGUUCCUGUGUAUGGCGAUUACUACGCCAUAUUCAUGAUCAGGCCGAAGCUCUCCAACGACGUCGCCGGAUUCGUUAAACCUUUCACUCCUUUGGUAUGGUCUCUGAUCCUCCUCAGCAUCUUCGGCGUUGCUGUGGCUAUGUCCUUCUUGGUCUGGGCAGAGUCGAGGUGCUUUGAGGAGCGAGAAAACGACAUCAUUUCCAAAGCCUCCAAGUUUGCAAUUCAGUCGCUGUCUCAAAAGGGUUCUACCUGGCUGCCGAAAUUUGACGGAGGGAAGGUCAUCGUCAUCACGUGGCUCCUGGCUUCCUUCGUGUUCAUGUCCUGCUACAGCGGGAUCCUGACGGCGAUGCUCUCAGUCCCGAAGGUCACCAUCCCCAUCAACUCCCUGGAGGACCUCCUCAGGCAGUCUGCUCUACCCUGGAAGAUCGAGGCUGGGACGAUGAUGCAUCAGUACCUCCAGGAAUCGGAAGACGAGGUCAAGCGUGAGAUCUACGCGAAGAAGGCCGGAACUUUCGUCAGUUGCUGGAGGUCAAGGCAAGAAAUUGCCGACGGGGAGUUCGCUGGUAUUUGUGAUCACACUUCCAUGAAGAAAAUCAUGUCUUGGGAUUUCAGUACAACUGGGUCUUGUCAUCUCUACAUCUCUAAAGAGAAGGUCUACAGCGGAGGAAUACUGACAAUGGCUUUCAAGACGAACUCGACCUACUUGCCAAAAGCCAAUCGCUUAGUCCUGGCGCUGAAGGAAUCGGGCAUCUUCGACAAAUGGCUGAACGACCAAAUCACCAACACGACCGAGUGCCUUCGACCUCCUUCGGCCGACAGGGCCAACCAGAUUUCGGCUCUCGGACUGGAAUCCCUGGCUGGAAUUUUCAUCGUCUUGGCUGCUGAGGAGAAGAAGAUGGAUGUAGCAGAAAUGAAUGUUGAGAUGGAUGGCGAGAGUAACAAGGGAAGAUAG